AUGUGGCAUGAGACCUAUGAGGAAAUGAUGAAUAUCAUGAUCUCAGUUUUCAGACUAGACAAGUACAGACCAAAUGUGGAACCAAAGUUUGAUGACUUCACCUUUGAAGCUCAUUUCUACUUUGAUGAUGCCUUUGAAAAUGUCAAAGGAUGCCAUCAUCGUCAACUAAACUCAUACGCAAACGACCUUGUGAAAGUCAUCACAGAGGUUUAUCGCAUCUUUGAGAACCUUGAUAAAACAUUCUUUGAGGUAAAGCAACAAAUUCCUGAUCAGUCAAUCAUUGAGACACCAUAUGGAGCUCGUGUUGUUGUUCAAAUGCCUCAUGGGAAUCAGAUUGUAGUUCACUUCAAAGACAAAGAGAAAAUUCAGAACAAGAAGAGAUGGUCUCAGAGAGAGAAGCACAACACCUACCUCUUGGCUUUAGAUGGGGACACAGACUUUCAGCCUGCUGCCGUGAUGCUGCUCAUUGAUCGUCUGAAAAUGUAUCCCCGUGUCGGCGCAGCAUGUGGAAGAAUUCACCCCACUGGAUCAGGUCCUGCUGUUUGUUUCCAGAAUUUUGACCCUGGCUGCUUCAGUCUGUUCAGAGCAGAGGCUUUAAUGGAUGAUAACGUGAUGAAGACAUAUUCUACCCAAUCCACAGAGCCCAGUCACUACAUCCAGUAUGACCAAGAAGAAGACCGCUGGCUGUGCACUCUACUACUGAAACAAGGGUGGAGAGUGGAAUACAAUGCAGCAUCUGAUGCCUACACCAACGCACCACAGGAAUUUAAAGAAUUGUUUAACCAGGCUUCUUUUCUUCUUCUCACCACCUUGUCCCAUAAUGGUGCAAAGACCCUCCAAGCAGAGCAGAAACCCGUCACACUGCUGUGUAUUGGCUGCUCUCUCAUUGCACCUAGUGUUCUUUUGCUGUUCAAAAGCAUCUGGAAAGCAUGUUACAAAUCAUCAAAGAUGCCAAGAAAAGCAUCGGCAGCCCUGGUUUUGUUCUUCGAGUUUAUAGUUUCUGUGGGGAUGGCAGUGCUAACCAUUGUUGCAAUGCCACACUUGGACAUUGUGACCAAUGUGACGAUCCUGAGUGGUGUAGCUGUCAUCUCUGCCCUCCUGCAAGCAGUCGUUCAGUACACUGUCAAAAAGAUAAACAUAUUCCUGCUGCCUUCUAUCAUCGCCUCUCUUGUUGUAUUUCUUGGGUACGGUCUUUUCAUUGCUCUGUACAUCGUGAAAGACCCUAAGGAUGUGAAGACAGCCAUUUGGGUGGGUCUUGCCAUUGGUGGGUCCAUUUUGGUGUCUUUUAACUGGUGGGAAAACUACUUUAGGGUCAUCUCUGUGAAAAGCAAGUCAAACUUCCUCAAAAAUCUGUUUGAAGACUUGACCAAGUGUCAGAACAUGCUGAACAUCUUCUCCAGUUUACUCAGGAUUGUGGUAACCGCCUGUGUGCUUGGUGGCUACGUCCCUCUGGCUAACAUGGAUUGGAAAAUUGUGACCUCCAUUCCAAGUCGGGAAACAAGAAUUGUGGCAAUCAUCAUUGGGGUCCAGCUGAUCUCCUCGGCACUCUGCCAUUGGUUUGCAUUGGCGGCCUGCAAGAUGCAUGCUAUACGACGAUGCUUCAUCCUCCCUUUGUACCUGUCUUCCCUGGCUGUGAUAGCAUUGUUCAUUGUUCCUGUCGUCAUUUACUACCAAGACUACAAGUUAGGCCUGAACACAACUGAAAACAUCAACUUUACAAGAUACUGCACAGCAGUUAAAAAUGAAACAAAUCAAAACCCGAAUGGUAACGUGUUUCCCCAGCUGGUUUUGGAUGUUACACAAACUCUGUGCUUCCUGGACCUGGCCAAAACAUCAAAUAUUGGAUUACUGACAGGUGCAGCAGCAUCGUGGUGGAUUGGCCUUGUGUUGGCCACUAUCCAUAUAUGGUACCUUAACAUUUAUCGCAUCCAGAAGACACAAGACUUGUUUGUUCGGAGGCUCUAUGAGGGAGCCUUUAUUGAUCAAUCCUUACUCCUCAACACCCGUUUCCACAUCCAGACCAAGAAAGGCAGGAAGAAACGACUAGACAAGUACAGACCAAAUGUGGAACCAAAGUUUGAUGACUUCACCUUUGAAGCUCAUUUCUACUUUGAUGAUGCCUUUGAAAAUGUCAAAGGAAGCCAUCAUCGUCAACUAAACUCAUACGCAAACGACCUUGUGAAAGUCAUCACAGAGGUUUAUGGCAUCUUUGAGAACCUUGAUAAAACAUUAUUUGAGGUACAGCAGCAAAUUCCUGAUCAGUCAAUCAUUGAGACACCAUAUGGAGCUCGUCUUGUUGUUCAAAUGCCUCAUGGGAAUCAGAUUGUAGUUCACUUCAAAGACAAAGAGAAAAUUCGUAACAAGAAGAGAUGGUCUCAGAUUAUGUAUCUUUACUAUCUUCUGGGUUGGAAACUCAUGACCAAAUAUCAUGGAGAGUGGAAAAUGGGAGGGAAUGAAAAUGAUCUAAUUAAAAAGAUCCAGGUGAGACAGGAGACAUUUUCUGAGGAGAAGCACAACACCUACAUCUUGGCUUUAGACGGGGACACAGACUUCCAUCCUGCUGCCGUGAUGCUGCUCAUUGAUCGUCUGAAAAUGUAUCCACGUGUUGGGGCAGCAUGUGGCAGAAUUCAUCCUACUGGAUCAGGUCCUACGGUGUGGUUUCAAAAGUUCGAGUAUGCUGUCAGUCACUGGCUGCAGAAGACAGCUGAGCAUGUCUUCGGCUCUGUACUGUGCAGCCCUGGCUGCUUCAGUCUGUUCAGAGCGGAGGCUUUAAUGGACGAUAAUGUGAUGAAGAAAUAUUCAACCCAAUCCACAGAGCCCAGUCACUACAUCCAGUAUGACCAAGGAGAAGACCGCUGGCUGUGCACUCUACUACUGAAACAAGGGUGGAGAGUGGAAUACAAUGCAGCAUCUGAUGCCUACACCAACGCACCACAGGAAUUUAAAGAAUUGUAUAACCAGCGGAGAAGAUGGGGGCCUUCCACAAUGGCAAAUGUUGUGGAUCUGCUCGGCUCCACCAACAUUGUUUCCAAGAAGAAUCCAUCUAUGUCCAAACUAUUCAUGUUCUACCAGCUGUUUGCCAUAAUCUCAGCCAUCCUUGCUCCAGCCACCAUCUGUCUCAUGGUAGCAGGUAGCCUGUCGUUCCUCUUCAACAUACAUGCUGCUGCUGCUCUGUUCAUAUCUGUGAUACCUCCUGCCAUCUACUUGGGUCUUUGCUUCAAGCUCAAGGCAGACACUCAGAUCACUAUUGCAGCAGUGUUGAGCAUCUUGUAUGCAUUCCUAAUGAUGGUGGUGACAAUGUCUAUUAUUGCCUCAAUGGUGAAGGAGAAAACCAUUCUGACUCCCAGCAGCAUUUUCAUUGUGGCCAUGUCCAUCAUUUACAUCGUCACUGCACUCAUGCACCCCCAGGAACUUCCUUUAGUGUUCUAUGGCAUUCUUUACAUUGCCUGCAUUCCCAGUGCCUACCUCCUGCUCACCAUCUACUCUAUGGCCAAUAUGAACAGUGUCUCUUGGGGCACCAGAGAAACAAAGCCUGCUGCAGAGGCUGCAACAACUGCAGCCACUGUCCAACAAACUAAAUCACAAAAAGCAAAAACCACCUUAAAGCAGCUCUGCUCGUGGAUGAAAUGUUGUAAAACAUCCAACCAGAGAUCAGAAGACGAACAGCUCAGCAUAAGACAGGAGAACUUAAAUCCAGAGCCUACACAGCCUGAACCUCAACCCCAGAACACUAUUGUGGAUGAUGCCUCUGACAACGAACAAGUGGAAGAAGAGACAGUUUUUGAUUCUCCAGCUCAGUGUUGGAAGUCACAACUAGAGAGUUUGUCCAGUGACAUUCAGCUGCAGGAGGGUUUUCUUCAUAAGGAAGAGAACCAGUUUUGGAAGGAACUUAUUGAAAGGUACCUGAAACCUUUGCAAAAUGACAAAGAAAAACAGGAACAGAUAAAAAAUGACCUGCAAGACCUGAGAAACAAGAUCAACUUUUCGUUCUUCAUCUUGAAUGCCUUCUGGCUGGCGGCAGCCUUCACCUUUCAGGCCUUUGAGGUCUUUAGCAUCCAGAUAAAUAGUGUUGACAUGAACCUUAAUCAAACUGGAGGAAAAAUCCAAAUUGAACCAGUAAGCCUCAUGUUCAUUGUGGGCUUUGCUCUUUCAGUUUUGCUCCAGUUUAUUGGGAUGUUGUACCACAGAAUUGUCACCUUCAUUCAUUAUGUGGCAUUUUUGGAAACUGAGCCAAAACAACAGAAAUCUGCAACAAAAAAACGAAAACAGAAGGACUCUACAUCCAAUGCAGAUUCAAGCUCAGGCUUUGGCACCAAUAUAGAACUGAGCACCAUCACACUGGAAGAAACCGAGGCUGAAAUGAGUGAUGAGCUGGACAGUGAAGAUGAACUUUCAGAGUGGGACAUUGGUGAAAGGCAGGCUGAGGCUUGAAACAAGACUGCAAAGGUCUCAAGGUCAGGAUUCGGACCCCAGAUGGCUGCAUUGCAGACUGUUACCUCUAUAUGGGGUGCUUGCUCGACUGUUACACCACGCAAUGCCCUGUUAUGUUUCUUGAUUAAUAGAUUGUUUCACAUUGUACUCCAGAGUGAAGCAAGUACCAUGAAGGAAACCUCAAUAUGAAGUAUUUUAUUUAAUCUUGUGAUUUCCUAAAUAUUUAUGACUUCUAAAAUACAUUUUCUGCAACAGUGUUUAUGUUUUGAUGUCCUUUUUCACAUUAAGUGUCUAUGUAUUAUGUAAUGUACCGUAGAAUUAGUAAUUAAUAUACAUUUUUAAUCAGGAAUGUUCAGACAAUAAGCUAGUUUAUCCAGUAAUGGAAGCUGUUGUGUAAUUAAUGUUUGAUUUAUUCUAUUUAACUUACAUUUCCAUUAGCACUAUAAAUUGAGUUUUACCAGUUUACCUCUCCUUCAAUAAACUGUUUAUUAUGUAACAUUUAUUUAUGUAACAUCAAGAGGAAAAACCCAGGGAUCAAUUAUUCUUGACCCAACCUGACAGAAAACAGGCAAACACAGUCACAAUUACAUAUUCCCACCCUCAUGCGAACACACACAAACACUCACACCCACACACCCAACGUAAAAAUACAUCAAAGAAGUUCUUACUAAGGAAAAGUUGUAAAUCAGGUCAGAUCACUACUUAGAUCGAUACAAAUCAGGUGUAAUCUUGAAAACUGUUUAGCUACAAAUAGAAACAUUAGAUGAUCUUCUAAUGUUUCCACUUGUUUUAUGUGAUCAGGAAAGCUUAUAUAUUGUUUACACUUUUUAUUCCCUGCUGUUGCCAACUGAACCUUUUUAUUUUCCUCUUUAAACUGUUGAAAUGUCUAAAAAAAUGUAUUCUAUAGUAUUUAUGCACUCCAGCUUGUUUUUUCUAUUAUUUUACAAGAAUAUGAGACAGGAUUUUGAAAUGAAGACAAGUUAUAGGAAAGAUUAGUUGACAAUGAGUUAUCAGAAAUCUGAGGGACCACACUGGUCUUAUUGUUGUUAGAAACAUGCUGUAAAUUCCAACCUAUGGAUUAAAAAUUGGGAAAACUG